AUGGACCAUCCAACAUCGCCAAUCUUUGCUACAGUGGCACAACCAAAUCAACUCUGGGUCAUAAGAGAUGAAAAAGAGAAUGGAAUAACUUACAUUAAAUUCUCUUGUCAACAUUUAUUGAUAGCUCGCGUCAACAAUAUAAGAACAGAAACUGUUAACACAUAA